AUGUGUCUGUGGAACGUGCUGGAAGCGGCAUUUGCGCCGCCCUUUCAGAGCCUGACGGGUUCGUUCAACGCUGGUCCCAACCACAACCGUCUAAACGCAAUCCAACGCACCAAUAAGCCUUUAUACAGCACAGAGAUAUCAUAUGGGUUCGUUUUCUCACUUCCUACUAUGAAUUUUCGCCAACAGUAUCUCCUAGCCGACCCUGGUACCCAGGAAGAGCGGAUGCUCUACACCAUCCGGCAUGUUUUCAUGCCUCCAAAACUCCCUCAGGAAGAAGAACCUGACGGUGCCCAGAAGGACCUAACGCUGCUCGGAUGGGUAGUGGACGCGGCCACCCAGUUCAACGAACGCGUAAACGCCGCGUACUCCGGAGACAAGGCAGGAACUGCAGCAUGGGCUCAUACUCGAAAAAUGCUUGAAUCAGCUGCAUUUCUCCAUAGGCACGGCACUGUUAGGGGAAACGAUCUGACGAAGGCCCUCUCCUGUAUGCAGAUUGGCGACGUCCUGCCUCUCCUGAUACAGGCACAGAAUGCAGGUGUCAUCUUUCGAAAGAUCACUGACAGCGAUAUUUCAUUCGAAGCUUUCGAAGUUCAAAUCCCUGCGGCAAAGGUCACAGGCACAGUCGGAAAGCUCGUCGUUCAGUAUCCCGCCAACCGUCGAGAAACCUUUGCGGCAGACAAGAACCACAUUGAUCCGGUUUCCAACGUCAUCGAAUACCUGGCAAAGAAUGAGCAAGAUGAUGCCCUUCCUCAUACUCGAAAGGGCGGAUCGUCUCAUAAGGAGACGAGAGACGUAGCAAGCCCGCGCUACAUCACGGAAGGUCUCGCCGGAAUUUUGCGCGCUGCCACAACCUCCAUCACCACCCCUAUUCCGACGACCUUCAUUCAUAAACGAAUCAAUGACCACGUCCUUUGGAAGUCGGCAAAUCUUCCGUGGAGGCGUAGUCCGAUGUGGCUGCUCAUUAGAGUCGCAUUACAAACUACUCUAGAAGAGUUCAAAGUACCAACGGAGAUGGGCUACAAAGCAUUCAUGAUAUUUUUCAUGACACUUGUCAUCGAAAAAGCUCCCUCCAUCCGCCAACACGCGAUGCCCUCCCAUCUCCUCCACUUUAUGAACUCUAAGCUCGCUCGACGACUCUACAAGUUGGGAGACGUCGUGGAGGACAGAAAUGCCAGUAUUCUGCAGGAUUCGAUCGCGACCGUCCAGCAAAUUUCUUCCCUUCUCGAGACUCGCUGGGAGGAGAUCAAGGAUGAAUACGCUGCGAAAACUCAAUGGAAGGACUUUGACUUGAAACGUCUGGAAGGAUGCGAUGCAUUGACCUUCGGGUCCAGCAAUACCUAUCUUCACCAAGUCAUAGGUCGAAAGUCAAGCCUCGAAGCACGGUCGCCCCCCGAUUGCAAUGCAAUAACUCAAGAGUUAAUUUCAAAGUGUCGCGAGAGGAAAGCCUUUGACCCAGAUCAAUUGCCAAAUGACCUGACCGGUCUGGAGCCCGACGUCGCCCUUCAUGACUUUGAAGCCUGGAUUGGGUGCCAUCUUCCUGCUUGGAAGGUGAACUCCCAUCGAUCCAUACUUGAUUGUCUUUCUAUCUCAAAGGCGAUUGAUAUGUAUCGAGAAAUGGCACUCCCGGCAUACAAGUCAAAGCCAGACUUCCUGUCUGUCAUGCAUCUCUGUAUACUGGAGCUCUGGGUUGCGCUUGACACUAUCGUCACGCAAUGGUGCCCGCUUCUCCUUGAAUAUUCACCCGAGAUUCCGUGCGAUCUUCUGGACCCUCUCCUUCUUCCGUACCGCGAGCAUCUCCACCGUCUGUUCCAAGUACAGAAUUAUCUCAAAGCACGACAUCGUGGCACGUGGCAAUAUGGUUCGCGAUCGGUCUUCAGCGAUAUAAACGCCUCCUCGUCAUUCGCCAAUCGAUUUUUCCUUCUUCCACUUGCCCAGUCGCUACGAGAUCUCAGGGACACAAUCUUGCAAUCCUGGGAGCUUAAGCGACGGCAAAAGAUAUCAGAACUUGAUCGCCUUAACGAGCGGUAUCAAGAUCUAAUUGAACGCUCCGAAGCACUGGAGCAUACGGAAACGGAAUUUCGGGAUCAUUGGGGUGAUUGGAUCUCGAGGCACGUGAAGAAACGAUGUGAAAAGUGCAAGCUCGCAGAUUCAGCACAAAGGCUGAGUAUCACUCCUCUUGAGGAGACGCUACCCCGAAAUGUACACGAAGCUCAAGCGGUCAUCUUCGAACUGAAGUGCCCGAAGUCAUUCUCAAUAUGGAGAGACGUCACAAGGGCUAUCGUCCUGUCGGCUACGAAAUACAAGGAUAACCAAGAAAGCGACCUCCGUCCACUCGAUACGUACAAUCCUCUGCAGGAAUUCUUCAUGGCAGCAUAUCCUGGACAACAUGUCAGCUUGGCCUCGUCAACGAAAUCUAUCAGUCAAUCCCACUACGGAGAGCCCCAGUCAAUACCAGCGACUCGAGCACAGAUCAUCAAGGGUCACGCAGGGAGAUGGGAAUUAUUUAGCAUACAGCACAAUUCAUGGAUCGCCCAAACCGGCCAGAGCGGGCUCCAGGAAGACUUGACAUUUUCCGUGGAAGGGCCGUACGCUUCUCUCCAGAAAUACGUCUCCCACACCUCUCACUCUCCCAAUUCGAUCAUCGCCGCACUCGAUUCUUGCCCCAGGGGCUUGUCCCCUGGUGAGUACCUUGCCUUCUCCCACCUCCGGGCUGGAAACUCUAUCCAAUGGCUGAAUAUUGCACGCGCAUUAUGUGCACAAAAUUUGUCCUUCUCCGAGUACUCAGUCUUCGCUCUGAUUCUGCAGGCCAUUUGGCAGGUUGGACCAGAAGCACGAUCUGAUUUGGCCCACCCACUCCUCCGAGAUGCACACCAAGACCUUGCUGACGAAGCAUUUGGCCGGGAACUAACACGUGAGCUGUUCAUUGUUCUCGAGUCGAUGCACGGGAACUGGAAGCAAGCAUGCUAUCUCGGUAUAGUGGUCGCGAUCGCUUUGAAGCUGCAUUCGUUUACGCCCUUGGCGGGGAUAAAGGAUCUCGCAUAUGGGGUACUCGAGCAGAGCAGGCGGCAGGCCGUCGCCUGGAUCAAACAGCUCACACACUCUGCGGCGAACCUCCAGGACGCCCAAGAGUAUCAUCUUGCGAUGACAUGUGCAGUUCUUCGAUGGACUUUCGACCUUGAAGUGGAAGGCGCGAUGCCGUUCAGGACGCGUGAGGACACCGUUCAUUACAUCCAUGCUGGUAUGGUCGGGUCACGAAUCUUUGCGCGUCCUUCAUUACAUGGCGGUCUUUCGAUCCUCGUCCAUCGUGACAGACGUCUUGCCCUGAAGCUCCUUGAUCAUGUGGAAAAGGCCUGCAAACGUGAUCAAUCUAUUCUUAACGACGCUGUGAAGCAAGUCUGGCCGUCUUAUUCCCCCAGCUCUUCCUGGACACAUGUAGCGAACCGUGGCUCCAGGUGGUGGAGUACCACAACCGCUCAACGUGCAGGCCACACCCCCUUGAUUAUUCAUUUGAACCUCCUGGAUGGCAUACUUCUAAUUAAUGGGAAGUCCUCCAACGUACUCCCGCGAGAAAUCAUGUGUCAUGCAGUUUACCGGGAGCUCUUCCAAGAUCAAGACCUUGAUACAAUCAGAACCUCGUCGAUGACGGGAAUGGACUAUGAAGUGAGCUACUUGGGGCAUGAGAUACAUUUACGCCUGCUCAAGAACAACCUCAUCGUGCGACGUGUCGCAGCCGAAGGGGUGGAGGAGUUCAUUCCCUCAGUCAAGCUCCUGGGAGAUCUUCCAUCCUUCUUCAUGACUGGCCAUCAUUUCUGGUACAGAGAGAAAGGAAACGUUGUCGAGAUACGCCCAAUCUCACAUACAUGGCAAUGUCGCCAUGUGCGUCAUUGGGAGAUGAAGAUAGAGCGCAAGCACUCAGGCAUUUCUGCACGCAUGCAGGAAUCGACUGGAAUUAGCCCGAGGCGGCUGGUUUCUCCCAAUUCAAUCGUCUACCAGUCGCUCAGCAAGGCAUUACGCCCACUAGAGACUGAUCCCCUUGGGCUUUUCGUCACACUGAAUGAAGAUCCGUCGAAAUUAUAUGCAUAUCUUCCGCGUCACGAUCUCGCAUUCUCUCUCGACACGGAAGGGCGGCUGGAAUGUCAAAGCGCUCCAGGUUUCUUCGUACAGCCAGACAGGAGAAAUCUAGGAUGUCUCUUUGGCCUCGAAUCGAUCCUUUGUCUCCAUCAACCCGCCGUGGCUGGCGAUGGCAUGAAAGUGAUCAUUCCAAAAGGGACUCCAAGUGCGAAUUUGUCCAAGUAUGGCCACCCAACAGUUACAGUCGACUUCAGAAAUUGUGGGGGAUGCUAUACAUACGACGUUGACCGCGCUGUUGGACGCCUGGUUGGAAGUCGGAGCGUGGAAUCCGAUCUAUUCCUUAUUCUUCUCCAUGCCUUUACAUCCUCUAUACUUCCGGACCCUCUUACACAACGGACCGGCACUGAAGAAGCACUCACACGCCUCAAAAGUGGAUCGAUAUUCUCCACCCAGACUAUCACUUCGGCUUUGCGUGGCCAUCUCGAUCAGUUGUCUGGUCUCACUCCAUCCCGAAGUUUUUAUCCACAUUACCUUUGUGUAAUGGAGACCAUAGAGUGGCAUCCAGUCUUAUCACCUCAAUCACAAAAUUCGGAUUUCCGGCAAUGUGUCAAAGCUAUUCUGGCUCAUUGGAGACGGGGACUGCCUUUCCAUCGAGAAGAAGAAGCUGUAUCUGAGCUCCCUGAACUCGCAGGGAUGGAUCAUCUGACGGCUCGUGAACGAUAUCGUGACUGGACACGACCUCUCGAUGAACACACCGGAAGUGACGCGGAUGUGCAUCACCAGUCGACCGACUCUCUGCAAUCUGCAGACUCCAGGAAGCGAGAGCUUCAAGCAUUUCGUUUUACAAUGCUGGCUCAGGAGUCUAUGAGAGGUUCAAAACUCACAAUGCGUCAAGAACUGCUGCAAAUGGUCCGAGGAUGGAAGACGGUAAUAGGAGAUCAGAGCUGGUCCUGGAAACGGAUUCAUGAAUGGGUCACGACUUCAUUCGAUUCUCCAACUGCUACUUGGUGCUCUCUCUAUGAGCUCUGCCGAAACACGCAGUGGCCGGCACCAUUCGAAGCGCAAAGCGCCCUGGGCCUCCUCGCCUAUAUGAAAGUAGAUCAUAAUUUCCUCGGAGGUUGCAUCGCGAUCAUGCGCCUGAGGGCCCUGCUGCCUGCCGUACCCGAUUUUGAACAGCUUGACCUAUCGGCAGGGUGCGAGUGGAACUCACAGAAUAUCCGAUGCAUUGUCAAGGAUGCAGAAAAAGGCUUCAGUCAGAGCGACGAAUACAAAAUACCAAAGCUUAAGGAGGAAACUCACAAGCAGCACCACCGGCGUCGUCAAACCGCCUACGAUCUGCAUCUGGAAACUGCUUUGACACAGGUCGUUGAGGAGAUUCAGCGGAUGUGGCCAGAGAUACCAGAUGUUGUAACUCUAACCCCUCGACGUCUCCUCACGACCUCAAGUUUGCAUAUCCCAAUUCGCAAGAAACUGAUUCAAUGGCAGGAAAACGAAGGAUUCCUGCUGUUCAUCAGCCAAGUCGAACGUUUAUUACUGCAGGAGUCUGGAACAGAGGCCAAACUACGUGAAUAUCGACCCCUUUCGCCCUCCUUCCCGCCUAUCAAGCCCUUUCUCCGACGAGUCUCACUCACAUCGGUCUUGAACGCCCGCUAUGUGCCAUCUAUUCCCUCUCGUAGAUACCAUCGGCGAGAUUCUGGUCAUAUCCUACCAGCAGCAUGUACGAAAUCUCGGGCUCUGUCAAACCUCUUGACGUGCCUCUCAUCGACUCAGCUGAGGCAAGAUUCUCUUCCCCAGAGAUAUCUUCGAAACCUUAGCCAAAGCGUCGACUCUCUCGAAAAAUUUAUCAGACCAGAGCUUAGGACAUGCCCUUCCAGAGAGCAGCUGGAUGCAAUCUUCUCCGCAGCCUCGGAGUAUUACACCAGGAGCCGAGAUGCAAUAAUGGAACAAUUAGCUCCGGAAACGACCAAAGAAACGUUGGAGCAGCUCGCUGGGAUGCUUCCACCGAUCUCUACACAUGCUCUUCUUCGCCAGCUCUCGCAAGCUCAUCGAAACGAACUCACCCCUGAGUGGACGUCUUUGCUUGCAGCAUACGCCAUCAUAGUCAACGAUAUGCAAAGAGCUAUCCGUAUGCUUCAGCAUCAACUAUAUGAUCGCCAACGCCACCUCGUCGCCGAUUUCUACCAUCAAAGGCGUUGGGAUACUGAGAAGUAUCUUGACUGGCUCCUCGUAGAGAUUGAUGGCAACUUCUCCGUCCGAGAGAACCAAGCGGAGAUUGCUAUGUGUAUGAUGCAUCCAGAUGACCACGGGGUCAAUAAUGCAGUUAUGCAAUUGAAUAUGGGGGAAGGAAAGUCUUCUGUUAUUAUACCCGCCAUCUCGGCUUCUCUGGCUGAUAGCCAAGUCCUAUGUCGCGUCGUCGUACCUCGCGCACAAACUAAGCAACAGCUUCAAAUUCUCCGUAGGACUUUGACCGACUUGCCUGGUCGUAUCAUCUUCAGUCUUCCUUUCAACCGGAAUGUGCCGCUAGACUCAACUUUCGCCACCGAAUUGAUGAGAUACCUUUCAGAAAUGUCACGAAUUGGAGCUGUAUGGCUGUGCGAGCCUGAACAGUUGCUCUCGCUGAAACUUCUGGGGCUCGACAAGGUCAUGCGGAUGACAACCGGUUUGGAGUGUGGUAAGAGUCUUAUUCGACUUCAACUAUGGUUGGAGGAGAACACUCGCGACAUUUUGGAUGAAAGUGACGAUAUCCUCAACGUCAAGCAGCAAGUCAUCUACACCGUCGGCACACAACGCAACUUCGACGCCGCACCCUUGAGGUGGGAGGUUGUGCAGAAGCUGUUUGGGCUAUUUGCCAGGUUUCUUUCCUUAAAUCCGCCUCCCGAAGAUGAACGGCUUUAUGUCAAACGAUCGGCACAUCCAGCUGGGUUCCCCCUCAUUCGCAUUCUUUCGGAGAAAGAUGAGGACGAAUACGUGAUGCAGACGCUCUUGAUCCUUCGUGGAUUAUUCAGCUCUGACAUCCUACUGCACGCGCUCAAGGAUAAGCGCUUUCGUGUGCAUUAUGGUCUGGAUCUCAGCAGGACGCCAGUCGCAAUUCCCUUCCGAGCCAAGGACUUUCCCUCCCCGAGGUCGGAGUUUGGCCACCCAGAUGUGACCAUUGUCCUCACAUGUUUGUCGUACUAUUACCGAGGCCUAGACGACGAUAUGAUUCACCGAUCUAUUGUACAACUUCUCAAGUCCAAUACUCCUGACCUCACCUACGAGGAGUGGUUGAUUAAAUGCUGGGUCGAAGUCCGUCAGGACCUGCGAUCCAUCCGUGGCAUCAAUAUGGAAGACCAAAGGGGCCUCAAGUUCCAUCUUUAUCCCCUUCUCAGGUACAAUAAGACCGUCAUCGACUUCUAUCUCAAGGACGGCUGGGACCUCGCGAUGGAUAAGGUACAUCCAACCACAGGAUUUAGUGGAACAAAUGAUGGAAGAUUCCUUCUCCCAACAACGAUCUCGCAGCUUGACCGACCUGCCCAAUUGCAUACAAAUGCAAAGGUUCUCGACUACCUUUUACUGGAAGAGAACAGUCGAGUUAUAUCUUACCAGAACGAAAGCACGUCGGAGGCAUUCUUGAACCAGGUCAUGGAACUGGAGAGCCAUCCUACGGUUAUCCUGGAUGUCGGUGCUCAAAUACUUGACAAAUCCAACAAUGCUUUUGCAUUGUCCUGGCUCUCGCGCUACGACGAACAUGGCAGGAUUAAAGCCGCUGUUUACGUUGACGAUCAGGAUACCCUCGCAGUUGUCACCUUUGACGGGGUCAGCCAGCCAUUCCUCGAUUCUCCAUAUGUGGAUAGGCUGGAUCAAUGCAUAGUCUACCUUGACGAUGCUCACACGCGUGGUACGGAUCUUCGUCUCCCGGAUACCCAAGCAGUCGUUACUCUGGGACCCCGGCUUAACAAAGAUAAACUAGUACAAGGGUGUAUGAGGAUGCGACGGCUGGGCCAUGGGCAUACUCUCGUGUUUAUGGCACCAUACGAGGUGCUGGAGCACAUCAGCCGAACUCUUGAGCGACCUGUGGAAGAUAUCACAUCGACGGAUGUUGUCGUAUGGACUAUUCAAGAGACAUGGCAACAACUGCAAGCUGAUGGCCCGGCAUGGAUGGUCCAAGGAGAAUCCUUUGCCGCCGCCUCGAGUCGUGGAAGGAUCUUGGAACGAAUCCGUCGAUUCCAUCCGGAGAAGAUCUUGCCGCGUUGUUCUGCGAACCCGAGGCCCGCUCUCUUCAGGAUCUUUACGGUAUCCGCACCAUGCCCCAAGAAAGACCCCGUUACGUGA